AUGACGUCCACGAGUUCGAUAGAGGUGGACAAAAGCAGGGAUGAAGACCAUGAAAACAUACACGAUGAUCCACUCGAAGAAGAGGACGAGGAGGAGAACGCUGAAAUGGACCCCUCACACCAGGAAUACCUAGAACGCCAGCGUAUAUUGGAUGAAUUUCUGUCGCCGUUGGUUCUGGAUGAAGCGGUCCUGUAUCAGCUCGCGCGCCGCUUCUCCACGAUCUAUAAAGACCUAGCCCUGCAUUCCAAGGAGCAAUUCCUACCAACACCGGUUACCCGUCUACCCACCGGUCUGGAGACGGGUCGAUACCUAGCCAUCGAUGUCGGCGGAACCAAUCUACGGGUUGCCUUCAUCGAGUUGCUUGGAGAGGCGGCCGAGUCUGAUACACCGCCUGGCGAUGCUUCAGCGAGGUCGAGAGAUACCCUACGCAAGGCACAGAGACAGCGUGUGAAGCGGACAUUAGAAAGAGCAUGGCCCAUUCAAGAGCAUCUGAAGAUGGAUAAGGCGGAGGACCUGUUCUCCUGGAUUGGCGACUGCAUCGCGGAGGUCGUGGCGGAGAGCUUGACCUCGGAGAGCACUCGCGGCGAGAUUCCGGAGGAAUUAGAGAUGGGCAUUACAUUUAGUUUUCCCAUCAUGCAAGAAUCGCUCACUGAGGCGACGUUGAUGCCGAUGGGCAAAGGUUUCGCGAUUUCAUCCGACCUCGAUCUCCGCAGAAUCCUUCUAAGUGGCUAUGAAAAGCACACCAGACGCCCGGACGAUGAAUGUGAACCAUCCAGCAAACGGCGGAAGCUCUUCAACCUCCCUAAAUUAAAGAUCGCGGCAAUCACCAAUGACACCGUGGCCACUAUUGCUUCGCUUGCCUACUCUGUGAAGUCAUUACCCAACAGCAGAGUUGCGAUGGGAAUUAUUGUGGGGACGGGUUGCAAUGCAACCAUUCCCAUGAAGCUUAGCUCGCUCCACAGCUCCAAAGCAAAACAGGUACGACAGAGAAAUCCCGAGGCCGACGAAACUGUGGUCAACACCGAAUGGACGAUCUCCGGUGCCGCUCCGCCGUUGAAAGAGCUCCACAUAAUCACCCAUUGGGACAUCGAGCUUGAUCAGGCAUGUGCACGACCGGGGUUUCAACCGUUCGAGUAUAUGACUGGAGGUCGUUACAUUGGCGAACUCGUUCGGCUCAUUCUCUGUGAUUAUCUCUCAACCCAAGGUGGUUUAUCCAAGAAGGAUCUGCCCGCAUCUCUUGUGAAAGAAUAUGCAUUGACGACCUCCUUCAUAUCUGACAAGGUUGCUCGCUCCCGGUCCGAUCAUGAACUCGCAAGUGAGCUGGCUCAGUCCCUUCCGCCCCCUGAAUCUAGCGAGUGGAAUUGGGAUGCACCGUCGGCCAACGCUUUCCGCAAGAUAGCUAGGACCGUGCAACGGCGAUCUGCAGGUUUGAUCGCGGCAGCCGUUGUAGGACUUCUUGCUUGUGCGCAGGAGAUCGAACUAAAGGUCGACAGUCCCGGGGGUUCUCCCACAACUGAGAUCAAUGCCAAUCUGGAUCUAUCCGCGGUCUCAAAGCAUUUAGAACCGGAAGCACCAGGAACGAGUGGAUCAAGUAGCAUUAAUGGGCCUAUUGUUCCGGUAUUGUCCCCCACGCCUGUUCCUGCAGACUGGCAGUCAGGGCCCGAGGAACUCGUGGUCGCAUACACAGGUGGGAUCAUUCAGCAUUAUCCUAGCUUCAAGGAGAUGUGCCAACAGUACAUCGAUCGACUUAUCAUGAGAACGGGUCCGCAGAAGAGCGGCAAAUCGGUGUUCUUGCGCGAGGCGUCUGAUGGGGGUGUCAUUGGCGCGGGUGUUCUGGCAGGCAUGAUUGGAAACAUGUAA